AUGAAUAGCUUAUUGAGGUUGGUAACCUUUGAGACAUUGUCAACUGGAAAGAGAAGUAUUGGUGCAUUGUUGGACAACGGAAGACAUGUGGUAGACUUCGCAUCAGCCAACAGCAAACACACACUUCCAUUAGACAUGCGAUCCUUUCUGAACGGUGGCAAGAAGUCCAUGAGGAUGGCUGUCGAUAUCAUUGGUACAGGUUCUGGAAGGAUCAGUGUAGAUGAGGUCAAGAUUUGCGCACCAAUCAGUGAUCCUCAGAAGAUCAUUGCUGUAGGAUUAAACUAUAAGGAGCAUGCUAUUGAGACAAAGAUGGCAUUCCCUUCAGAACCAGUAGUGUUUACAAAGUUUACCAAUGCAAUCAUUGGACCAAAUGAUAACAUUGUCAAACCAACAUCGAGUGACCAAGUCGAUUAUGAAGUUGAGUUGGUCAUUGUGAUUGGUCGUGAAUGUCACAAUGUAUCAGAGUCAACUGCACUGGAUUAUGUUGCCGGGUAUACUGUUGGCAAUGAUGUCACCGCUCGCGACUGGCAGUUUGGCAAGCCUGGCGGUCAAUGGUCGUUGAGCAAGUCAUUCAACUCAUUCAGUCCGAUUGGUCCUGCGAUCGUAGUCAAUCCUCAAUGGGCUCACUUGGAUACUAAUACCAACUCUUGUGAACUUGAUCCCAACAAUCUAUCAAUCAAGAGUACACUCAAUGGAAGAGUGAUGCAACAGUCCAACACAAAGGAACUGAUCUUCAAUGUACAACAAGUGGUAUCAUACCUUAGCAAAGUUGUGACACUCAGUCCUGGCGACCUCAUAUUCACAGGUACUCCUUAUGGCGUUGGCUUCACUCGCACUCCACCAAUAUUCCUACAACCUGGUGACACCAUCUCCUGCUCAAUCGAACAUCUUGGAACAUUAACAAACAAAGUAGUCGGUCAGUCAAACUUGUGA